CUGUCCGUAGCAGAAACAGAAACUUUAUACCUAUUUGCUUUGCACUUUCCCGCAUGAUAGCAAUAAUAUAGUAGGAUCCAGUUACAGUCUUGAUUAAUAUGGGUUGUUGCUAUGUUGUUGUACAGAGUUUUUGUUCAAUGUGCCCCCUUUUGAAAUUUGAGCCCCUGCCCCUCCAUAGGUCUCUGCACGGCCCUGCUUUGGAUGGAGUCAUCCACAUUAAACACGCCCAAUAACAUAGAACUGAAAGCAUGCCUGGACUUUACAGGUUAAACUGUUCUGAAGGUCAUGUUGCAGUUCCUAUCUUGGCCACCAGGUGGCGCGGCCGUUUGUGAGCAGUAUUUCUUUUUCAUACCAAAACAUUGUCUGAGAAGCCGUGCAGGUCAGCGGACGUGGUGUUUGAGGAUGGUUUUGCGAUUUCGUUCGAGUGUGCGUCCAUAUGCGAGAACCACACACCUAUACACUUCAGUUCACACACAUCCAGCCUGUGAAGUAGUUGUAACCUGCUGAUUAAAGAGUCAAACAUCUCCUGGCUUCAUUAUUGGCUCAGGGUCAUCUGUCUAAUCGGUGCACAUUCUGUGAUCACCAUUGUCAUUCCGAAUCCCAGACGUGUGAACAACAUAAACGACUGAAACUUUCUCCAUAAUCUCUGUUUACACUCAGCUUUCUGAGCAACAUGAAGUGUUUGGUGAUACUUAUGUUUUGCCACGCUAUAUCUGCAGAGACACACUUCCUGAAGUUUUACUUCACUGGAUCUUCUGGGUUCAGAAAUGUUCCUGUAUAUGAAAUUGCUGGAAAAUUGGAUGACAUUGAAGGAGUUUUCUGUAACAACAAAAUAUUUUAUGUAAAAAUAAACUGGGUGAAGAAAAUAUUUAGUGAUGAUCCAAAACUAUUUGAGUUUAUAGAAAGUAGUUGCUUUAUCACCAAUCCUGCCUUCUUCAGAUACAUGAUCGCUGAGCUUAUGAAGAAAUUCAAUCAAAGUGAAGGUAUCCAUGCUUUACAGAGGAUUGGUGGCUGUGAACUGAACAUGGAAACUAAAGAGGUUACUGGAUUUUUGAAGUAUGGAUAUGAUGGAGAAGACUUUAUUGAAUUAGAUUUAAAUGGACUGAAAUGGAUUGCGCUGAGAAAAGAGGCUCUUUUUCUCAAACAGCUUUGGGAAAUGGAUACACAAGAUCUCAUUUUUAACAGAGAUCUCCUCACAAAUCGAUGUUAUCAGGUUCUUAAUUACUCCUUGGUCGCUGGACACAGCUAUUUGUUUAGAACAGGUUACCCCUCAGUUUCUCUCCUUCAGAAAACUCCCUCCUCUCCAGUCAGGUGUCACGCUACUGGUUUCUACCCAAAGAGAUUCCUGAUGUUCUGGAGGAAGGAUGGAGAGGAGAUUCAUGAGGGUGUGGACCCUGGAGAUAUCCUCAGCAAUGAGGAUAAUACAUUCCAGUAUCGUGUUGAUCUGAAUAUUUCAUCAAUCCCACCUGAGGACUGGGCCAGGUAUGACUGUGUGUUUCAGUUUACUGGAGCUGAGGACAAAAUCCUGAUCAAGCUGGAUAAAGAAGUAAUCAAGACCAACCGGGAUGAAUCAUCUCAGAGAAAAAUCAUCAUCAUUGCUGUCAUUUCUGUAAUGAUUUCCAUCAUAAUCACUGCUUUAGCAUUUACUGCUUUCAAGAAAAAAAACGAUAGAUCAGUCAUCCAUGAGUCUGAAACCAUACCACUGAGAAACUGACUGCAAAAUCCAGAUCAAGAAAUGUAGCAUCCUGCUCUGAAUUCACAAGCCCAUUUAACAUAUAUACUAUGUAUAUUAGAUAUAAUCUCUCUCUCACUCUCUCACAUAUACUUAAAUAUAUAUAUAGUACAGACCAAAAGUUUGGACACACCUUCUAAUUGAAUAAAUAAUUUUCUUAUAUAUGCAUAAUGUUCAGUAAAAGUGUAUAUAAUUUAAAGACAUAGUGAAACUCUAUAUGUUGAAUAUCCAAACAGCAAAACAAAGGAAAUUAUGUGCAAUUUUCUGCUACAUU